UUUUUAGAAGAUCAACAAAAUGUUGAGAGAAAACAUUUUACGACCAAUCAUGGGUCGAAGUAUCAACAAACUAAAUACUUUUUCGUCUUUUGGUCAAGUUGAUAUUGUCGCCGGUGCAGUGGUCAAUAAUUUAACGCAUUUCAAUUCAUUUCAACCCUUUUCUAAUCGUAUUUGCUCAAUCAGGUGGAUUCCUCGUCGUCCCAAUAGUCUAUUAGUUGGUGGUAAACAUGGGGAAUUGUGUUUCGUUUCGGAUGUCAACAAGUACACGAUCUCGGGAAAUGAAGAGGAAAAUGUCGAUAUGAUUUCGCCGGGAAUCGGAGCGGGUGGUGAAAUUAGAGAAAUUGUUCCAGAUCAGAUUGAAAAUUCUAAAUUUUAUUCACUGAAUGUUUCUGGGGAACUUGUUAAAGUCGAUUUGACCACUCGGGAUAUUAAUGUGAUUCAACCACAAGGUGAUUUCCAUGUUUGGUUCGGAGGUUGUAAUGUGAACUUUGACAAACAAGCGAUCUUCUUGGGAGAUAAUAAAGGAAAACUUCAUAUUCUACCUGAUUCAUCUCGUGGUGGUAAUUCUGAUCGGACCGAAGUCAAAGUAGCCAAAACUGGUAAAAUAAAUCACAUCGAAUUUCACCCAAGAGACUCUAAUUUCAUGGCGAUUUCAUCAACAAGUGAUUGUUCAGUAAAGUUAUGGGACAUCCGAAAGCUUAAAGAUCUGGAAAAUAUUGAAGUUCUGUUGCAUGAUAAAGGAGUUAGUUCUUGUUACUUCAAUAGUAACGGAUCAAAAAUCGUAACCACCGACCAAGGGAAUGAGUUGAAAGUUUUCUCGUCCGGUGAUUGGUCAGAAAUCGCUUCUAUCAAUCACCCACAUCGUCACUUUCAAUACAUCACUCCAAUUCGGGCUGAAUGGCAUCCACUUGCCGAUCUAAUCGUCGUUGGAAGGUAUCCCAAUCAGAGAGAUAAAAAUCAAAGAAAAACGGUCGACUUUUUCGAUGGCCGUGACGGAUCUCCAGUCCAAUCGUUGGAUAUUCCAAGCCAGAAAAUCAGCUCACUGAAUCGUUUCAAUUGCAUGGGUGAUAUUUUAGCCACCAUGUUCCAAACCGAUAUCAUCAUUUGGAAACAAAAUUAUCCAGAGUCCAAAUCUUCGGCCAACCUCAAACCAAACCUUAAAAGAGGAAGUUCCGACAUGGACAGUGAUGAUGACGAUGAAGAUGAUGAUGAUCUCAAGAAGAAAAAAGUUAAAGGAAAGGCCAAAAAGGCUCAAGCUAAACCGAAACUGCCACCAAAAAAUACAAAGAAAAAGCGUUAAUCAGUUUUAAAACCACUCGAUUGUGGUUAAAGUGAUAAAUCAACGAUCUCAAUUCAAAUUCCAAUUUUUACUCAUUUGUGUUUAUUUUUUUACCGAACCCGAAAAGGUUAAUAACAAUUCACUUUAAUUAUUUUAUUAAAUUUUUCUUGAAAA